AUGAGCACCAUCAAGCUGUCCAUUCCUCCAUUUCAAGGUAAAAAUGACCCUGAUGUUUAUAUUAAAUGGGAGAGGAAAGUUGAGCUGGUAUUCGAUUGUCACAAUUACUCGGAGGAGAAGAAAGUGAAGGUUGCUGCGGUGGCUUUUACCGACUAUGCCAUUAUAUGGUGGGAUCAACUGACCCUGAGUAGAUGUCGAAACCGUGAGCUUCCCAUCGACAAUUGGGAGGAUAUGAAAGUCGUUAUGAAAAGAAGGUUUGUUCCAUCUCACUAUUAUCGGGACUUACAUUUGAAAUUGCAAAGUCUGAAGCAGGGGUCCAUGACUGUGGAAGACUACCACAAGGAGAUGGAGAUAGCCUUGAUUCGGGCUAACAUUAAGGAGGACCGGGAGGCGACCAUGGCUCGGUUCAUUUGUGGCCUAAACAAUGAGAUUGCCAAGAUUGUUGAGCUGCAUCACUACGUGGAGCUUGACGAUGUGGUACACAUGGCAAUGAAAGUUGAAAGACAACUUAAGAAAGGAGUGCGAUCAUCUUCCAAGUAUGAGGCUGCGAGUUCAUCCCCUUGGAAGCAGAAGUGGGGAUCAUCAAAACCAACUGAGAAAGAAGUUUCAAAAUCAAAGGGAGAGACGAAUGUAGCCAAGACACAACCUAGCAACAAAGAUAGGGGAUCAGGUCAUAUUGCUUCUCAAUGCCCAAACAAGCGAUCAAUGAUCAUAUUGGAUAAUGGGGAGAUCGAAACUGAAGAGGAAGAUGAUGGAAAUGAGUCCACUCCAUUAGUUGAAGAUACUAGUGAUGUUGAGCUUGUUGUUGAUGUCCAAGCUCUUGUUGUGCUAAGAGCUCUCCAUAUCUGUGUUAAUGUGGCAAGCAAGUUAAUGGUGGACAAGCUUGGUCUACCUACCUUGAAGCAUCCAAAGCCAUAUAAACUCCAAUGGCUCAAUGACAGUGGAGAAAUGAAGGUAACCAAGCAGGUCCUUAUUUCAUUUACGAUUGGAAGGUACACGGAUGAGGCUCUGUGUGAUGUUGUACCCAUGCAAGCUAGCCAUUUGCUUCUUGGAAGACCGUGGCAAUUUGACAGACGGACCACACAUGAUGGGUAUAAGAACCGCUACAGCUUCAGCAAGGAUGGUAGGAACAUUACACUUGCACCUUUGACACCUCGUCAAGUAUUUGAGGAACAACUCCAGAUCCAAAAGUCCAUUGCAGCAAGAGGAAAAGGUGUGGCUGAGAUAGAAAAAGAAAAUGAGAUUGAAAAUGAAAAAAAGAUGGUGGACUAA